AUGUCUUGCCCUAACUACUGCUCUGGAAACAACAGCUCAGGCUCCCUCAGAAACUCCUGCCAUAUUCCUUUCACCACCUCCGUUGCCCUCUGCUCUACCAAUGUGAGCUGUGGAGAUGUCCUCUGUUUACCCAGUAGCUGUCAAGACCGCACCUGGCUCACGGACAACUGCCAAGAGUCCUGCGGUGAGCCAACCAGCUGCCAGCCAACCAACUGUGAGACCGGCAACCUUGAAAACUCUUGCUGUUCUUCUGCUUACUAUGUUCCCAGACCCUGCCAAGGAACCCAUUUUCUUCCUGCUUCUUCCUUCAUCUCCAGCUCCUGCCUUCCGGUAUCCUAUAGACCUCAGAACUACGUGUCCAGCAGCUGUCGUCCACUGGGCCCCCUGCUCAAUAGCUGCCAGCCCAUAGGAGGCUGUGUGUCUGGUGUCUAUCGCCCACAAACCUGCUUAUCCAACAUCUGCCAACCCCAGAGCCUCCUCACUUAUGGAUGCCGACCCUUGGGUUGCUUGGCCUAUGGUCCCCAAACACUUCAUGUUGUGUCCAGCAGACUUAGACCUCUGGGGCCUCUGUCCAGUGGUUGCCAACCUUCUACCCAUGUCUUCAACACGUGUCAUCCAUCUUGCUCUGCAUUGGGUGGCCAGUAG